AUGGAUUCCGAAAAGGAUCCCAAGACCGCCCUUCACAUUGACAGCGCCGAUCAACAGUUAGCCCACGUGGCGAACCAAGAAGAGCGCGACAGCACCAAGUGGCAGGCCAUCAAGAACAACCCCUGGUCGUUCUUCUGGUGCCUCUUUGGCAUCUGGACCAUCCUUCUCGUCAGCUUCGAGAACCAGGCUGCUGGCAUCGUUGUCGGUAUCCCUCAGUUCCGAAAGGACUUUGGAACUUAUUAUGAGGGAAACUAUGUGUUGUCUGCCGAAUGGCAGGCUGCUUUCCAGGGCGCUCCCGGUGCAUCGCAAUUCUUCGGAGCCCUGAUUGCUGGUCAGAUUGCGGACUGGAUCGGCCGCCGAAACUCGAUCAUGAUUGCGCUCGUCGUGUCCUUUGGUGCCAUCAGUCUAGAGUUCGUCUCCACGACCAACGAAAUGUUCUUCGGCGGAAAGUUCUUGAAUGGUUUCGCGACCGGUAUCCUCCAGACCGUUGCGGGUUCUUAUAUUGGCGAGAUCGUCCCUCUAGCUCUACGAGGUCUCAUGACCUGCUUGAUCGCCCUUUCCUUCACCCUUGGUCCGUUCACCGUCGCCCUCAUCGUCAACUGGGAGGGCAACACCGGCGACAGGUGGUCGUACCGCUCCAUCUUUGCGCUCAGUACGGCUUCGCCACCAUCGCCGCCAUCCUUGUCUUCUUCAUGCCUGAGUAGGUUUACCGUCCCCAAUCGACAGCGGCGGUCUCCCUGGUGGCUCCUCAGCCGCGGCCACGAAGAGCGGGCUCUCAAGUCACUCCACCGCCUUGGCUACACCGCGGAGAGCGGAAGAGAUGUGAAGCGAGUUGCGGCCAUCAAGAAUACGCUGGAAGAAGUGAAGCAGGAGACGGAGGGUGUCACGUAUGCCGAGUGCUUCCGCUCCUCUAACCUCCGCCGCACCAUCGUCUCCAUCGCUCCCAUGGUUGUGCAGCAGUUCACCGGUAUCGUCUUUGCGGCCUCGUACUCGACCUACUAUGCUCAGCUAGCGGGCUUCAGCACGGAAAUGUCGUUCAAGCUCCAGGUGAUCCAGCAGGUCUUGUCCAUGGUUGGCAACAUGAUUUCGUGGUACCUUAUUGACAAGACUGGCCGUCGCGAUCUGACACUGUACGGCACCUGCAUCUUGACCGUUGUCCUCUGGGUCAUGGGCGGCCUCGCGGUCGGCGGCACUGCGGCUAUGCUCAAGGGCGCAGUUGCCAUGAUCCUCAUCUACUGCUUCCUGUACAACGUCACCAUCGGCGCGACGGCUUACACUUGCUUGACCGAGACCGCCACCGCUCGUCUCAGGGUCAAGACCUUCUCCAUCGGUGUUGCUGCCAACCUCGGUGGCAAGCUCGGGUUCAUCUUUGGCGGCCUCUGCUUCCCCUGUAUCGCCUUCAUCUGGUGGUACCAGCCCGAGACUAGGCACAGGUCCUAUGAAGAGCUCGACGAAAUGUUCAUGAAGCGCGUCCCCGCCAGGCACUUCAAGUCCUACAAGACGGAUGCCCAGACCAUGGACAAGGCUGUUAGCACCGCCGUCACGAAAGGUGGAGAUGCCACUGCUUGA